AGUUCUUAUGAAAUCAACGAGGCAGAAGUUCGUGUUUCGACAGAUUUAACAAAAUGUGCUGAAUAAAAUACGAUAAAAAUCCCCAAAAUAAUAUACAGUAUUAAUUAAGUCGGUGUCAAUUAUAAUUAAUAAGAUUUUAGUGUUAUUAUGGACUAUGACGAUUAUGAAUCGCUUCCUACGAAUAAUUUUGCUACCCAUAUGACGGCUGGGGCAAUCGCGGGUGUCUUAGAACAUUGCAUAAUGUACCCGCUAGAUUCAGUAAAGACAAGAAUGCAGUCCCUCUACCAUCAGCCUGGUCAGUCUAUUUCAGGAAUAUUUUGGAAAAUGAUCCAGCAAGAAGGUGCAACAAGGCCACUAAGGGGUUUAUCAGCUGUUGUAAUGGGUGCAGGACCAGCACAUGCAUUUUAUUUUGCAAGUUAUGAAUAUUCAAAAGAACAUUUAUCAAGAAUUACACAUCACAAAUAUAAACAAGUUUCUUAUGGAAUGGCAGGCUGUGUGGCAACUCUUAUCCAUGAUGCCAUAUCAAAUCCAACAGAAGUUGUAAAACAAAGAAUGCAGAUGUAUAAUUCUCCAUAUAAAAGUGUUUUGCAAUGUAUAAGAUCAGUAUACCAAGCUGAAGGAUUAAGAGCAUUCUAUCGCUCAUAUACAACUCAAUUAUUUAUGAAUGUGCCAUUCCAGAGCAUUCAUUUUAUGACUUAUGAGUUUGUGCAAGGCUAUUCAAACCCUGAACGAAUUUACAACCCAGUGGCCCACAUGGUAAGCGGAGCACUUGCUGGUGCAGUAGCUGCUGCAGCCACUACGCCUUUAGAUGUUUGUAAAACAUUGCUCAACACUGAAGGAAAAAAUAGAUCAAUGCUUAGUGCAUUGAGGCAUGUAUACAAAUUAGCUGGUCCUUUUGGUUAUUUUCGUGGAAUGCAAGCUAGAAUUUUAUAUCAAAUGCCGGCAGCAGCAAUAUGUUGGUCAACUUAUGAGUUUUUCAAGUUUGUACUUCUUGGAGAUAAAAAUGAAAAUAAUGCAAAUGGUGAAAUCAAAGAACCUAGUUUUACUGAUGCACUUAAUCUGCGCUUAGUUUUGCCAGAAACAAAUAUGGCAGAAGAUAAAAGUUCUGAAAAUGCUUCAAUGCCAACUAGAAAUGAUACAAGCUUGAAAGCAAGAGAAUUGCCUGCGAUAUCCGGAGCACAUAUUUAUGGAGCAUUGAGUUUAAAUACAAUGCAUACAGAGAAUAAUACAAUAAAUAAUACAACAUCUAGAUUACGAAAUGAUAGCACCCUUUUCGAUAUUCGAACGAGUUAAUUUGACCAUUACAAUGGAAAGUGUAAAAUCAAAAUUUUUGUUAAGUUUUGUGUGUAUAUAUAGAUAUAUAGGGCAAGAUAUUUCAUAAGUGAUAUGUUAAUGUUUAUAACUAAACGUAAUGUCUUGUUCAAAAAAUAAUAUCCUGAUUUGAUUCGAUAGUAUCUCUUGGAACUGUGGUUUUGUAAAUACUUUUAAUAUUGACUAGUCAAAAAAUAAAAUUUGACUUGGCGGCCGCUGGGCGGAUGGGUUUGUACAAAUGUGAUUGAAAAAAUUAAAAUUUUGUAAUCAUUGGUUAAUGUGUUGAGAAAUUUUUGUUGGUAUUUAUUAAAAGUUAUUUAUAAACGAUUUUACAAAAUUCAAAUAAUCCUACUUAUAUUUAUAUAUACAUAUAUCUAAAAUGCAAAAUUUUUAUAAUUGAUACAAUUAGGGGCAUACUUGAGGAUAUUCGUGCACAAUUGUUACUUCUCAAAGCCAAGAGCUCGUUUAUUUCAUAAAUACUCAAAAAGAAAUCGAGCAUGAAGUUUAUGGUUAAUAAUAUUAAAAAUAUUGUUGUGUAUGGUACUAACAUUUUAUUAUUCUUUUAGAAAUUAUUUUAUACAGAUCACUUCUGAAAUGGGAGUACUUGUACAUAUUAUAGCUAAUUAUAUAUUAUAAUUCAUCAUUAAUAUAAACACACUUCUAUAUAUUAUAAAAGUUUGCUUAUAACUCUGAAAAAUUUAGAUAUG